AUGUCAUUGAGCAUAAUUCGAUCACCAAACGAUUUGACCUGGACCCCUGGAUUCCGUCCAACGAAGUCUUGUUUCAUAGUAUCCUAUGGGCGUCGAUCAUGCAGUGACGUACUAGACCUGACACAGUGUACGGAGUCAGCCAGGUCAUUAUCAGGCUAUGGGAUGGAUGUGUGGGAGGUACAAGUGACCACUCGCAGGUUAGACGUGAAUCCGCGCAAAGACCCAGAGCGUUCUUGGUGAGAUGAUUACGAGCCGACCGCGGGAAUAUGACAAGGCCUCCAUGGUUGAUAGCACCAGGGGAUAUACCAUCCACUAGACUAGGGUCAGGCAGGGAUUAGCAUUGUCCAGGUCGAUUAAAUAGCGGCCAAGUCCACCCCAACCAGUUCAAACAAAGAAAAUCUUUCUUUCUCUCGCUCUCUCGCUCUCUCCAGCUCUCAUUCUGGACCUUGGUGAAUCUUGUGCCCACUCCCAAUAUAUAUUCACCAUCAUGGAGUAUUGCAAACGAAUCUGGCCACAGAUUUUCCCUUCUCAGGCUGCUCUGACUUCAGCCACUCUUCCGUCCCAAGUGGGCCGCGUGGUGAUCAUCACCGGUAGCACUGCAGGUAUUGGCCUGGCGCUCACACGGAUUUACUAUGACGCUGGAGCCACGGUUUACAUGGCAGCCCGCAAUGAGACCAAAGCGCAUGCGGCCAUUCAAGCCAUCACCACUACCAGCACUUCGCAAGCUCCUGGGGUGAUCAAGUUCCUUGCCAUCGAUCUCUCCGACCUCCGUACCAUCCAACCCUUUGUCACUGUCUUUCUAUCGCAGGAAUCACGCCUCGACGUGCUCCACAACAACGCUGGGGUUGCUUGCGUGCCACUGUCCCAGCGCACCGCCCAGGGACUGGAGCCGCACAUGGGCAUCAAUUGUGUGGCCCCAUAUUUGCUGGCCUCGCUGCUGUCGGAUAUUUUAGUCUGUACUGCAGCCGCAGCAGACACCGUACCCAACAGUGUGCGGGUGAUUUGGUCCAGCAGCUUGCUUGUCGACACCUCGGCACCGUCGGAAGGAGUUCCGCCCGAGGAACUUGAGAAUCCUAGUGAGGAUGCGAUUCGAAAUUACACCAUCAGCAAAACCGGCAACUGGUUCCUUGCCGAUCGCUUUGCAAAGCGAUUCACCUCGGCGUCGGUGGGGGCAAGUGACAGUCUGGCUUCGGCGAAGCGUGUCGUGAGCAUCACCGCGAACCCGGCCACCGUCCGCACGGGCAUCUAUGAUAAUGCACCACAGAUCGCGAUCUGGUUGACCAUGCCCUUCUUCGCGACUGUGGAGGAUGGAGCGCAUACCUUACUGUGGGCUGGCUGUAGUGAGGAUAUUACGGUGGGUGACGGGGGGCGGUAUGUGAUUCCUUUUGGACAGUGGCAUCCGAAUCCGAGGGCGGAUCUACUGGAGGCGAUGGCCGGGGGGUAUGCACAGCAAUUCGAGGCAUGGGCCGAGAAGGUGACGCAGGAGUUUCGGUGAAGAUGGAACCAUGCUAGGCAUGAAGCCAGG